CUGAAUCAAGAAUGCGGAAAAAGCAAACUCAAAAAUUUCCAGAUUUAAAAAUUUCAUAUUUAAACAAUCCGCCGGCGCUUGCGCAGAUUAGAAAAAAAAACAGUGGAUACAGCAGUUGCCUGCAGUCCUGAUGCGUGGAAAUAAUCAGAAACGAACGUCUGGCGCCUCUCAUUGACGUUCUGAACUCCACAACGCACACAUCACACAAUUCAGUCAAUCCGGUCAAUCCAUUAGUCAAUAAAAAAAAUUGUCGUGUCAAUUUGGAGGUGUUUUGUUGAUGUAAUCAUCGACCGGAGGACGAUGUUUCACGGAAAUUCCACUCGUGAGCUUCACCCGAUGAGAUAAACCAGAAGUUUCAGAUCAUUCAUCGGGGUAUAUCUGCUUAAUUUCAUCAUGACUGAGAGUUUGAUCAAUGAGUGGCUCAUUGAUUGUGCUGAUUAUUCCACCAGUGAAUUAACGAGCUUUGCCAGCACUCUGGCCCAGGACAGUGAAAUUGUGAGGGCACUUUAUGCUUUGCUCGAGGAGAGGAGCAAGUACAGCGAGCUGGUCGAUACUGUAUGCAAUCAGCUCUUCGAUUUUUAUCGCUCCAGGGAGACCGAACUCCAGAGGUUCACUCUCCAGUUCGUACCCACUCUCAUCUUUAUUUAUUUGAACUCCGUGGCACAUGGCGAUAUUAAGAAUUGUCGCUCUGUCGAGACUCUUCUGAUUGGUCUGUACAAUCUGGAAGUGGUGGACAAAUCUGGAGAACCUAAAUCCGUCUCCUUCAGGCUUCCCUCCCUGGCGAUGCUAUCGAUCUACCAUGAGCCCUCCAGCUUGGCACCAGCAUCCCUCACAGAGAGUGCACUCCGUCGUUUCGAGGAAUGCAAUACAAAACUCGUCAGCUGGGGUCCACUCCAGCAGGUGGAGACCCUCAAUGCCCAGAAUCGCCUCAAGGUCAUGACAGCACUGCUCUUCAUCUACAAUCAGCAACUGAGUUACAUAAAAAAAUCAGCACUUGAACAAUUGUGCAAAGUCGCGACAAAACUCGUCACCCAGGGGUUCAUGAAACCUGGCCAUCACCAACGCUCGUCGUACAGUGAAUCGAGCUUUGUUCCCCGUCUCCUCCCACGCAUCCCUGUAUCGAAUCAAUUUCUUUUGGAAUUUUUGCAUGGCAUUUACUUCGCUAUGUACAACGAUUGUUGGUAUGUGGGGUGUCAGGCUGUCGAAGACGUGCACAAUCGAGCCUGUUACGAUGCCUAUCCCGAUGUCAUGCUAGUAACGAAUGCUAUAAGAAACUCCAGCAGCUCUGGACCAUCGGGACAACCUGGAGACAGUGCGAUGGGUGCAGGAGUCGCCCUAUCCCCAGCAACAGCCACCCCCACGAUAUCCAAAUCCAUGAUCACCAACGCAUCCUUCAGGACGAAGAAAUUGCCAGAUGAUAUACCGAUAAUUGCGAAGGAAGAGGGUAGUGGGGAUGCUAAAGCCAAUCUAGUAUCGAUAACGGAGGAGGGAGAGGGUGAUCCAUCGAGGGCUGGAUCGAUUCGCCAGUCGACAGGAAAGAGUACCUCAAAAAUCUCAAACUUCAGUUUGUCGAAGAAACCAAAGGACAAGGAGGGAAAAUCGGCGAAAAAUGGCUACGUUCAGGGAUCUGAGAAGGAGAAAAAAUCAGGGGGACAGAUGUCCUCGAAGGAGAGCGUCAGAGGCAGUCGGGCGAUGCUCAAUAGCGAGGAGGUUGAUGCAAAUGGGGCUGUGGGUAGAAAGAAAAAUGAUAACGACGGUGGCACCAGUGCUGACCACGAGAAACACUUGUCAGCUGACGUUGAAACUUUAGAGCUGGAGCCUCAGAUUGGCCACAGGCACGAGCCAGACAGUAUCCCAUCGUCUGUCCAAGUCAGUUCUGUUUGAAAACUUAAUUAUUAUUUUUUUCAUUCACUCGACAUGUAUUUUAUUUAUCGAGUCCCAGGGAUCAAUGACGUCGGAGGGAAUUCAUUGGAUAACGUAUCUGGAUUUUUUAACUGUCUAUGAUAUCACUGCCACCUGUAUUAGAAGUCCUGAUUUUAGAACAUUCUUGAGACAGGGGAAAAAACAUUUCAGAUCAGUUUUUUAUCGUGUUUUCUACGUUCAAUGAUUUUUUUUUUUUAUUAUUGGCUCGGAUUUUUUUAGAGAUAAAACUCAUUGAAUUGUUGAAACUGUGCACUUGACUCCGGUUAUUAAUGUAUAUAUUCAGAUUUGGGGG